CGCACGGGGGAGCGGGUGGUGGUGGGACUUUUGGACGAGUUCCCUCCUGGACCCAGGACCACCUAAGCAACCGGGAUUGGAGGAGGUACAGGGCAAGAGAUGGGAGGGAGAAAGGCCAGGGUCGGAGAAGGGCAGUCCGUUUGGGGGAGGGGUAUGUGCAGAACCUGCGUGGGGGGAAGGGGGAGGGUAAAGUGAGGCUGCAGUCGCCCCUCGUGUGCAUCUCCGUGUGUGUGCUGCUUGUCCCCUGCAGUCAGUACCGGGCUCUGUGCCCGCAGGUGCCCACGUACGUGCCAGGUGGGUCUGUGCCUUUGGGCUCGCUCGUCAUGUCCGUGCCACGGCCACUGGGCCAGUCGGCAGUCGUGAUUCCGUGUGUGCUGCUUUUUGUUUUUCGAGAGUAAAUCUCUGGCGGAGUUACUAGACCUGCCUGCUUUCCUCUUGCUGACACCGAGGCCACCCCCUACUCUCAGCGGCCUGGGCCCAAGCCCUGGCCACCAUGGGGCUACCUCCAGGCCCAGCCAUCCCUCCGCACACUCUGCUGCUCCUGCCAGCCCUUCUGAGCUCAGAGGCUGCCUGCUGUGUUCCAGGUUGGGGGGAGUUGGCACCACAAAUUGAUGGUCACACCUGGGCCCAGAGGGCACUUCGGGAGAAUGAACGCCAUGCCUUCACCUGUCGGGUGGCAGGGGGCCCUAGUAUCCCCCGACUGGCCUGGUACCUGGAUGGACAGCUGCAGGAAGCCAGCACCUCAAGACUGCUGAGUGUAGGUGGGGAGGCCUUCUCUGGAGGCACCAGCACCUUUACUGUCACUGCCCAGCGGGCUCAGCAUGAGCUCAACUGCUCCCUGCAGGACCCUGGCAGUGGCCGCCCAGCCAACGCCUCUGUCAUCCUCAAUGUGCAAUUUAAACCAGAAAUUGCCCAGGUUGGGGCUAAGUACCAGGAAGCUGAGGGCCCAGGCCUCCUGGUGGUCCUAUUUGCCCUGGUACGUGCUAAUCCACCUGCCAAUGUCACCUGGAUUGACCAGAAUGGGCCAGUGACUGUCAACACCUCUGACUUUCUGGUGCUGGAUGCUCAGAACUACCCCUGGCUCACCAACCACACAGUGCAGCUGCAGCUCCGGAGCCUGGCACACAACCUCUCGGUGGUAGCCACCAAUGACAUCGGUAUCACCAGUGCCUCACUUCCAGGCCCAGGGCUCCUGGCCACCCGGGUAGAAGUGCCACUGCUGGGCAUCGUUGUGGCUGGAGGGCUUGCCCUGGGCACCCUAGUGGGGUUCAGCACCUUGGUGGCUUGCCUGGUCUGCAGGAAAGAGAAGAUCAAAGGCCCCUCCCGACGCCCAUCUCUGAUCUCUAGUGACUCGAACAACCUGAAACUCAACAAUGUGCGCCUGCCACGGGAGAACAUGUCCCUCCCGUCCAACCUUCAGCUCAAUGACUUAGCUCCAGAUUCCAGAGCUGAGAAACCAACAGACCAGCCAAUGGCUCGGAACAGCAGCCGGCCAGAACUUCUGGAACCUGAGCCUGGUGGCCUCCUCACCAGCCGAGGUUUCAUCCGCCUCCCGAUGCUGGGAUACAUCUAUCGAGUGUCCAGUGUGAGCAGUGAUGAGAUCUGGCUCUGAGCAGCAGGUGGAACAGGAGUGCCUUUUGGUCCUGGCCAGCCCAAGCACCCACCUCGUUCCUCAGCACAUCCUCUGCCUAGGCCUAUGGCCAACACGAAGAGGCUGUGCCACUGGACUGGCUGGUCCUGCUGCCUGGGGUAAUGUGGGGUCAAGCACAUGGGAUCCGACUCAGAGUCAGGUUUCCCUGUCAGGGCUGCCAGCCAGAACUAAGCCUCUUAUGCUAACUCAGGUGGGGGCCUGCAGGUGAUGACUGCACCCAGGCAGAGAGAACUCUCUGGCCAGGCGUGAGCAGGUGUCACCCAGCACCCAAGUGUGGCAUGGCUGGCUACAUGCCCCACACCCAUACUCAAUAGCACCUUGCAUAGCAGGCAUGGAGGAUAGCUGCUUAUAGACAGGGAGGGCCCUGCAUGUCUUGAACGUCCUUCUUACGCAAUGCAGCCUUGUUCCCUCAGGGAGAAUGCACUACCCUGCUAGAUGUAUAGAACCAAACUGCCCUUUGCACAAGAACCAACCUGUGGCCCAGGGUGCCGCCAAGCACAAACUAGCUUCUUUUGCCGUGUAACUCUCUGCCCUUCACCCGGUGCCUCUGGCCCUGCAUCUUCUGUGACACCGUAGGUUAUACGCUGGACCUUCUCGUUUCCUUACCUGGCACUAGACUCCUGCAUUGGCCUGAUACCCAGUAGUGCCAGUGCCUGGAUUUAGCACAAGUCUGGGAGGAAGAGAGAAGUGACAAGUCUGGUGGCACCCAGGACUGCAUGUAACUAUGUAUCAUUUUUUAUAGUGUUAGCACUUUAAGCACAUCCCCUUGGGGAGGGGGUAAGGGACCCCCAGGUUUGGCCUUCCUCUGAUUCACUGUGAGUGUCCUGAGCCCUCAGGUGGACGGUUUCCCUCUCAGCACGUCUCCCUGCCAGGGGACCCCAACUCUGACCAACCCCUAGCUGGCCAUCCACCGAAGCCACUUGUCCUACCCACCCUCUGUUCUUUAGGUGGGGCUAAAGACGAUGCAUAGCAACAGUUCCAGAAACUUUAGGAAGACAGAAAACAGGGAGACUGCAUACUCCAAAAUGACCUAAGAAUGCUUUUAAAAAGCAACAUGGAAAUUAGAGUGUAGAAUAUAUUUUUCCCUGGUGGUUUUGUAGUUUUUCUCAUGUUACUGCCUAGUACAGUGCUAAGCACACAGUAAAAUCAAUAAACUUGACUGAAUG